AUGGCAGUGGUUUCCUCAAGACUAGUCUUCCUGUCUGCCAUAUGCAUUCUCAGUGCUACAGCCAUUGUUCGGCCACAGCAAUAUUAUCUUAACUCUUCCUGUUCAGAUAAGCAGGGUAUCUACAGCAGUGGCAGUACCUACAAGGCAAACCUGAAUCUCGUCCUCUCCCCCCUCUCCUCCAACAGCACUGACUUUGACUACGGGUUCUAUAAUUCGUCUUAUGGGGGAAACCCUGACAAAGUAUAUGCAAUUGGACUCUGUAGAGGAGAUCUUAAGCCAGAUGUUUGCCGCUCUUGCCUCAGUUUCUCUAAAGAUAUUCUUCCCACACAGCUUUGUCCCGAUCAGAAGGAAGCAAUAGCAUUAUAUGACUUGUGCAUGUUACGCUACUCAAGCCGCAACAUAUUUAGCACCAUGGAAGAUACACCUCAAUUUAUUUGGUAUAACUUCCUUAACUUUUUAGACUAUCGAUCGAAGAUUGAGUUCCAUGACCAGCUCAGGAGCUUGCUUCAAAACCUAACAGAUCGAGCGGCUGCCGGUGGUUCUCUCCGUAAGUUUGCAGUGGGACAUGCAGCCGCACCAAGCUUCGAAACAAUAUAUGGACUUGUGCAAUGCACACCUGAUUUGUCUGAGCAAGAUUGCAAAUAUUGCUUGAGUGGGGCUUUUGAAAAUUUCUUGGACGAUAAUCCUUGGUCAAUAGGUGCGAGAAUUGUUAGAUCCAGCUGUAAUUUUAGGUAUGAGAUCUACAGCUUCUACGAUCCCACAGCUGAUCCACCUCCACCAGGUAAGCGGAUUGACAAAUUUCAAAAUUUGAUCAUCAUUAUAGUUGUGGCUGCCGCUGUUGCUCUCGUGGUACAAGUCAUCAAUAUCGCCGGCAUUUGCAUCUAUUUAAGAGUGAGGAAGCCAAGGGAGAAACCGGGAAGUAAGUAA